GCUCUCAAGCACAUGAUCGGGACGAUUGUGCAUCGACCACAAUUCCACUUACCAACGUGGAUAGCAAGACAUUGGUGAAAGUGAUCGAGUACUGCAAGAAACACGCCAAUGAGACUAUUACUAGUAAGGAUCUCAAGAAGUUCAAUUCUGAGUUUGUGGAUGAAGAUCAAGCAAUUCUUUAUAAUGUUUUAAUGGCUGCAAAUUUUCUCAGGAAUAAGGAUUUAUUAAAUAUUUUGUGUGAAAAAGUUGCAAACAUGAUUAAGGGUAAAUCACCGGAGGAGAUUCGCAAAACAUUCAAUAUCGAGAAUGAUUUUAGCCCAGAGAAAGAGGAACAAAUUCGUAAAGAGAAUGCUUGGGCUUUCGAGUGA